CUUUCUACUAAGUGUUGUCAUCGUUCCGCUGUUGUGUGCAUUAUUCUCUCUGUUCAAAGCCUAAAUGCUCUAGGAAUGAGUGAGUCACAACCACCGCAUGUUGUACUCAGAUGGAAUGGGGAGGGAUGAACUUAUUUAUAGAGGACUGUUGCAGGGCAACGUCAGUUCAGAGAACUGUUAGAAUAUGUGUCUCUUCAAACACAAUGGACUUCAAUGGAACUCAGUGAGGUUGUAUCCUCUGCACUUACAUCAGGCAAGGUCAGUGCCGGUACAUUUAUUGUGCAGAUUAUCCAUUGUUGCUGUAGCCAUUUGCUCUAGCGAUGGGGUCUACUGUGGAAAGUUAUUUACUGACCUCUAUUCUCUCUCUCUCGUUCUCUUUCUUUCUCUCCAGGACAAUCCUCUCAUCCUGCAGUCAGACAGGAAUGUGACGGUGAACGCGAGAAAUGACCUUGGUCAGCUAACAGGACAACUCACUGUGGGCUCGGAGAUGGUGGAGGCCCAGUGUCAGAGGUUCGAGGUGAGGAGUCCUGACGGGGAGCGGGUGCUCUUCUCCGCUGACGAGAAGGAGAUCAGCAUCGGCACGGAGAAACUGAGGGUGACAGGGAACGAAGGCGUUGUCUUCGGACAUUCAGUGGAGACAUCCCACAUCAGAGCAGAACCUUUCCAGGAUCUCAAGCUGGAGUCUCCCACCAGGACCCUGAGUCUGGAGGCUCCCAGAGGGGUGGAGGUCAACGCCGGGGUGGGCGACUUCAAGGCCUCCUGCCGGAAAGACCUGUUGCUCCAGUCGUCAGAAGGAGAGAUCUUUUUAGAUUCCACCACAAUUCGGCUGGGGAACAUUCCUCACGGGACAGCGGCGGACCCGCUGCACGGGGCGCCGGGCACCACGUACCCCAAACAGACUGUGUACGAGCUGUGCGUGUGCCCAAGCGGCAAGCUCUACCUGUCCCCGGCUGAGAAGGGCUCCACCUGCCAGACGACCAGCAACGUGUGUCUGUGGAGCUGAGAGAGGGGGGGCAGCGGACCGCUGAACACCAGAAAGGCCUUCCCCUCGUUAGGAUCCCAGUCCAGGAUACCAGGAGCCCAACAGACCCUGAUCCCCAUCCAUACUGAUCCCCAUCCAUACUAAACCCCAUCCAUCGAUAGAUCUACUUUCUUUGACAGACAUUCUUCAUUUAUUUUCUUUCUCUGUGGUGUUCACUCUCUCUUUCUGUCUCUUUCUCAUCUCCCUCUCUCUUUCUGUCUCUCUCUCCUCUCUUUCUCUUUCUGUCUCUUUCUCAUCUCUCUCUCUCUUUCUGUCUCUCUCUCCUCUCUCCUCUCUUUCUGUCUCUCUCUCCUCUCUUUCUCUUUCUGUCUCUUUCUCAUCUCCCUCUCUCUUUCUGUCUCUCUCUCCUCUCUUUCUCUUUCUGUCUCUUUCUCAUCUCUCUCUCUCUUUCUGUCUCUCUCUCUCCUCUCUUUCUGUCUCUUUCUCAUCUCCCUCUUUCUUUCUGUCUCUUUCUCAUCUCCCUCUCUCUUUCUGUCUCAUCUCCCUCUCUCUUUCUGUCUCUCUCUCAUCUCCCUCUCUCUUUCUGUCUCUCUCCUCUCUUUCUGUCUCUUUCUCAUCUCCCUCUCUCUUUCUGUCUCUCUCCUCUCUUUCUGUCUCUUUCUCAUCUUCCUCUCUCUUUCUGUCUCUUUCUCAUCUCCCUCUCUCGUUCUGUCUCUUUCUCAUCUCUUUCUGUCUCUUUCUCAUCUCCCUCUCUCUUUCUGUCUCUUUCUCAUCUCCCUCUCUCGUUCUGUCUCUUUCUCAUCUCUUUCUGUCUCUUUCUCAUCUCCCUCUCUCUUUCUGUCUCUUUCUCAUCUCCAUCUCUCUUUCUUUUUUCUCGUCUUCCUUCUUUCUUUGUAUUACUCUUCCUUUCCGUCAGUUGUUAUUUCUUUCUCUAACCCUCUCUGUCGUUCUCUCUCCUGCUCUCUUUCUCCUCCCUUCAUCAUCUCUCUCUCACAGUCCUCCCAAACAAAGAAGAAAAAUCAGGAAUCCCUUGAAAAAUGAGGCUUGGGGAUAAAGCCCCUUCUUCCAAAAUUUUGAUGGAACAAAAAAACGAUAUAAAGUGACAAUUUGUUUCCUCUGUUUUUUUCUAUUUUUCUAUCGUUCUCAGAUGGAGAGUGUUGCGCCAGCGCCGGGUCGAACUUGAACCGAGAGAUUUGCGUGGACUGAUUUGUUUUUCUAAGAAAGCGAUACACAGGUGCCUUUGCUAUUGUUGGUAAAGCACAUCACCUCCAACGUUCUCAUCCUCUUCAGUGGAUCAUCGUUAACUCACUGGAAAACUGGCUUUGGCUUAUGCCUUGUCCAAAUCUCUACACAGACUUCAAGUACACUUCUUUUUUCCCCUCUGAUGUUUUCUUGAUAAAAAAAGCACAAAAUUAUGCCAUGUAUAUAACAAUACCAAUAAAAUGAAAAAUAAAACAA